GGAGCAAGUAAAGGCGAGUAGAUGAUGUGGUGGAAACGAGAGGAGUAUAUACAUACAUAUGAAAUAAUGGUGAAUAAUUGACGUUUUAUAGUAUGGUGCAAUGGAAAGAGGAGGAGGGUAACCAGUUCGCCAUUUAUGUAUUUUUUUCCCCUCGUGAAUACAAAUCGAAAUGAAACACAAAUAAUGUCAUGAGAAACCUACGGUAAUCUUGAUUAUAAGAUGAGCAUUAGAUCACUUUUAACCGCUAUAACAAGGAGAAAAUGGCCUUAUUGCACAACGUUUGGGCAAAUAUAAAGGCCGCGAGCAGGCAGCGGGGCCAGUGCGGCGCCGCCCACGGAGCGAGAGACAGUGGGCUGAUUGUCUGGGACUUUCAUUUAUUUCCUUCGAGGAGAGAGCCACAGCCACUGCCAUGUCUCCACUUCACGAAUGGGGGCUCUGGGGCUCCUGCCUUCAGGACAUAGAGCAGAAGGAGGUCGACCUGGUGUCCGUGAAGACUCACGUUGAGAUCCGAGGGUUUGUUGCCCAAGUGAGCGCCUCGGUUACCUAUCUCAACAGCUACAAGGAUCCCUUACAGGUGGCGUACAAGGUUCCUGUAGAUGAAGGAGCUGCUGUGUACAAGUUCGAGGCUCACCUGGAUGGGAGGACCAUCACUGCGCAUUGCCUGGAGAAGAAGGCAGCGGAAAAGGUGUACAAGGAUGCUGUUCAGGCUGGCCAGACUGCAGUGCUUGCCAGGGAAGACAGCCGUUCCAGUGAUGUUCUGAACCUACAGUUAGGAAAUCUUCCUCCAGGUAAAGGCAAAAAGCACUUUCAUUGAUCUUAUUGACUCCUU